AUGUUUGAGUUGAGUUCUCAUUCUGCGUUUUGCAUUCUACUCAGCAGCCAACCAACACUCCCUCCCAAGCACCACCGACAGGCUACAAUAAUCCCCACCGCCGACUACAAGCUCUUCACGCCGCUGAAACUGGGCGACAACCUCGAGCUGAAGAACCGCAUCGCACUCACUCGCGGUCGCGCCAACGCCGACGGCGUGCCAUCGGAGAACAACGAGCUCUACUACGAGCAACGCGCGGGUGCUGGUCUCAUCAUUUCGGAAGGCACCGCCGUGUCGGAGCAGGGAUACGGCUGGUACCAUGUCGCGGCGUGCUACACCGACGCUCGUGCUGAAGGCUGGAAGCGCGUGAUCGACCGUGUUCACAACAAGGGCGGCAAGAUCUUCAUGCAGAUGUGGCACAUCGGUCGUCAAGGCCACUCGAGCUUCAACAAGAAGGGCGAGAUCGUGUUGGCAUCGGCAUUACGCUGUGAGAGCGGCCACACGCGCGAUACCGACUACGUCGUAUCCGACUACGAAACGCCUCGUGCGCUGGAGACAGAGGAGAUCCCGAGCAUCGUUGAGGACUACCGCAAGUCAGCUCUUGUUGGAGUAGUGGAGGAGAGCGGAGUCGCUAGGUAUCCAAGCUUGUACUUGCUCAGUUGCUCCAUGAUUUGUCCUCGCUGCCCAUGCUACCGAAGCCGCCUUGUGCGUAGCGGAGCCGCCGAUCUUGUGGUCUUUGGUCGUCUGUACAUCACUAACCCCGACCUGGCGAAACGAUUCCAGAACGACUGGCCGGUGGAGCCGAUGGCUGGUCACGGGGCGUACUACAACUCGGCUCUCGGCGGGAAGCUCUACAACGACUAG